GCCACCGCCGCCGGUGCGCGUUCUCCUCCCGCGGGCCUGGCGGCUGGGGCGCUCCCUCAGUCGCUGUUCCUCGAGGCGCGGGCUCCGGCGGCCCCGGCCGACUAGGACGCCCCGAGCGCCCCCCGCGAGCAGCCGCCGCCGCCGCCGGGGCCGGGGCCGGGGGCCGCGGAGACAGGGGCGCGCCUGGCCGCCGCCGCCUCCUCCCUCGGAGCCCGGGGCCGGCAUGGAGCUCUUCCAAGCCAAGGACCACUACAUCCUGCAGCAGGGCGAGCGCGCGCUGUGGUGCAGCCGCCGCGACGGCGGCCUCCAGCUCCGACCCGCUACUGAUCUACUCCUUGCCUGGAAUCCCAUUUGUUUGGGAUUGGUAGAAGGUGUUAUUGGGAAAAUUCAACUUCAUUCAGAUCUUCCAUGGUGGCUUAUUUUAAUUCGGCAGAAAGCAUUGGUGGGCAAACUUCCUGGAGACCAUGAGGUGUGCAAAAUUACCAAAAUUGCUGUGCUGUCCCUUUCUGAGAUGGAACCUCAGGAUCUUGAGCUAGAGCUCUGUAAGAAGCACCAUUUUGGAAUUAACAAACCAGAGAAGAUUGUACCAUCUCCCGAUGACUCAAAGUUUCUACUGAAGACCUUCACACAUAUUAAAACCAAUGUGUCUGCUCCUAAUAAAAAGAAAGUUAAGGAAAGUAAAGAAAAGGAGAAGUUGGAGAGGAGAUUACUUGAGGAGUUGCUAAAGAUGUUCAUGGACUCAGAGUCCUUUUACUAUAGCUUGACCUAUGACCUGACCAAUUCGGUGCAGAGGCAAAGCACCGGGGAGAAGGAUCCCCGUCCCCUCUGGCAAAAGGUUGAUGACCGAUUUUUUUGGAAUAAAUAUAUGAUACAAGAUCUUACUGAGAUUGGUACACCAGAGGUGGACUUCUGGAUUAUCCCCAUUAUCCAAGGUUUCGUGCAGAUUGAAGAACUGGUGGUUAAUUAUAAUGAAUCAUCUGAUGAUGAGAAAAGCAGCCCAGAGACCCCCCCUCAGGAGUCCACCUGUGUAGAUGACAUUCACCCACGAUUUCUAGUGGCUCUCAUUUCACGCCGAAGUAGGCACAGAGCAGGAAUGCGUUACAAACGGAGAGGAGUGGAUAAAAAUGGGAAUGUGGCAAAUUAUGUGGAAACUGAGCAGUUAAUUCAUGUUCAUAAUCAUACUUUGUCCUUUAUUCAAACACGAGGCUCCGUGCCUGUCUUUUGGAGCCAGGUUGGGUAUCGAUAUAAUCCGCGACCCCGGCUGGACAAAAGUGAAAAGGACACUGUUGCCUAUUUCUGUGCCCAUUUCGAAGAACAACUGAAAAUUUACAAAAAACAGGUUAUUAUUAACUUGGUAGACCAAGCAGGCAGGGAGAAAAUUAUUGGUGAUGCGUACCUGAAGCAAGUGUUACUCUACAACAGUUCACAGCUCACUUACGUCUCAUUUGACUUCCACGAGCACUGCCGAGGAAUGAAGUUUGAGAAUGUUCAAACACUAACAGAUGCCAUUUGUGACAUUAUCCUUGACAUGAAGUGGUGUUGGGUCGAUCAAGCCGGGGUGAUAUGUAAACAAGAAGGGAUUUUUCGUGUCAAUUGCAUGGACUGCCUGGAUCGCACCAACGUGGUCCAAGCCGCCAUCGCCCGUGUGGUCAUGGAACAGCAGCUGAAAAAAUUAGGUGUGAUGCCCCCAGAACAGCCACUGCCAGUGAAAUGUAAUCGGAUCUAUCAGAUAAUGUGGGCCAACAACGGGGACUCCAUUAGCAGACAGUAUGCUGGCACCGCCGCUCUGAAGGGUGACUUCACAAGGACAGGAGAAAGGAAGUUAGCAGGAGUUAUGAAAGAUGGUGUUAACUCAGCAAAUAGGUAUUACCUGAAUCGGUUUAAGGAUGCUUAUAGGCAAGCUGUUAUAGAUUUGAUGCAAGGCAUUCCAGUGACGGAAGAUCUUUAUUCCAUAUUUACCAAGGAGAAAGAACAUGAAGCUUUGCACAAGGAGACUCAGAGAAGCCACCAGGAACUGAUUAGCCAGCUGCUACAAAGUUAUAUGAAGUUACUGCUGCCUGAUGAUGAAAAGUUCCAUGGGGGCUGGGCCCUCAUUGACUGUGACCCUAGCCUCAUUGAUGCUACUCACAGAGAUGUGGAUGUGCUGUUACUGCUUUCUAACUCUGCUUACUACGUGGCCUAUUAUGAUGAUGAAGUUGAUAAAGUAAACCAGUAUCAACGACUAAGUCUAGAAGACCUGGAAAAAAUAGAAAUAGGUCCCGAGCCCACUCUCUUUGGUAAGCCGAAGUUCUCCUGCAUGCGACUGCACUACAGAUACAAAGAAACAAGCGGCUACUUCCACACCCUGAGAGCUGUAGUGCGCAGUCCAGAAGAGGAUGGGAAAGAUACCCUUCAGUGCAUUGCAGAGAUGCUACAGAUAACCAAGCAAGCCAUGGGAUUAGAUGUACCUAUAAUUGAGAAAAAACUUGAGAGGAAGAGCAGUAAACCUCACGAAGACAUCAUUGGCAUCAGAUCUCAAAACCAAGGCUCUUUGGCACAGGGAAAGAAUUUUUUAAUGAGCAAAUUUUCAUCUCUAAAUCAAAAAGUGAAACAGACCAAAUCUAAUGUAAAUAUUGGCAAUCUACGAAAGCUAGGAAACUUUGCCAAACCUGAAAUGAAAGUUAACUUUCUAAAACCCAACUUAAAAGUGAAUCUUUGGAAGUCAGAUAGUAGUCUUGAAACCAUGGAAACCACAGGUGUGAUGGAUAACAAAGUCCAGGCAGAGUCGGAUGGGGAAAUGUCUUCGGAGAAUGACUCCUACCACUCUGAUGAAUUCCUUACAAAUUCCAAAUCUGAUGAAGACAAACAGCUAGCUAAUUCUUUAGAGAGCGUCGGGCCAAGAGACUAUGUUCUUCCUAGUUGUGGUAUUAUUGCUUCCGCGCCUCGGUUAGGCAGCCGGUCCCAGUCCAUCAGCAGCACUGAUCUUAGCAUUCACGUUCCUUCAGAGGCUGCUGCCCCUGGAAGUGGGUCUGGAAAAGGCCAAGAGUCUCCUUUGAAGAAAAGUCCUUCUGCUGACAACAUAUACAUAUUGACUGGCUUUGCCAAGCCUGUGGACGUUUACUGCCAUAGAUUUGUACAAGACGCACAAAACAAAAUGACCCAGCUGUCAGAACCAGGGUCUGUUUCUCAGCAGGUUAGUGAGGAAGGAAAUCAAAUGACCAAUCAAAUUUCUAAUGAAGAAACCCAAUCUGAAUCAGCAGCACAGAUACCUUCUCGGCCGUCUCAGUUAGAUGUGUCUUUUCCUGCAGCAGGUCCCCAGUACUUGUCCGUCGAACCAGUGCAUCCAGCUGUAUCUCAAAAGACCCCUGGUUCUGGCUCCAGCACGGCUGAAUUUGAGACAGGCCUUCACGUAACUCCUUCUCCUUCAGAGGGCAGUAGCAGCAGAGCAGUCUCUCCCUUUGCAAAGAUUCGAAGUUCCAUGGUCCAAGUUGCUAGUAUCACCCAAGCUGGCUUCACCCAGGGGAUUCACUUCGCAGUGGCAAAGGUUCAGAAGAGCCCUGCAGAACCUGAAGGGGUUAAUGAAGUCCAGCAAAAUGAACUUAAAAAUAUGUUUACACAAUGCCAGACACGAAUAAUUCAGAUUUAAUUUUUAGCCACAAAGAAUCCUAUGGCUUUUAUUUAAUCCAAAAAGAGGUUUCACAUAUUAGGCUAUUUUAACCUGUUGUUUUUGAAGCUAGGAAUCACAAAUUCUAAUUAUGUUUAUCGGGAAAGUUUUUAAAAGGAGCUGAACUUGGGCAGAUUUCCAGAUUUGAGAGCCAGGACGAAAGAAGCGUGUCAUCCUAGAACGUGUAAACGUGAGUAGCUCAUACACUACAGAGCAGUUGGUGUCUGAAAGUAAUUUGGGGAUAAUUACUUAGAGACAUAAUAACCUGAACUUUUUGUGCAAUGGGAGGAGAAGUGAAGCGUUGGAAGUAAACAUGAGGGGAAU